AUGGCCCACGCAGUUCGUUAUCAAGCUGAUCAGAACCCACCGUUCUGCUCUUUCGCUGUGAAAAGCGCAUUCAAUCAGCUUGAGCGAAAGGAGCAGCUCUACGCUCACUAUAUUAGCGAGGCAUCGUGGGCAGGAGCACGGAUCAUCCAAGGACAAUGGACCCCUCAGGCCAUGGAUCUCUAUGACCUUUUCCUCCUCGUCUUUAGCAAUCCCGAUCGCUCUCCUGUCGACUUUGAAAAGCUCAAGACUGACUCUGGAGUUUCGGACGAACAAUGGAAACAAGCUACGACCUAUGUAGCCCAAGUAUUCGGCAAUCUCGUCAACUACAAGUCCUUUGGAUUCACAAAGUUCAUCCCCCGCAUCCAUCAAGACGACUUUAAGAGCAUCGUCGCUGCAUCCCCCAAUAGCCAGGUCGCUCUUGAUCAAUGGAACAAGGCAAAUCUGGUCGACCACAUCUACUCCGUCGAGCCCGAGUCAGCCAUGCUCAUCGGUGACCCCAGUAAAGGGCAUGUAACCAAUUAUUACUUUGGCGAGGAAAUUAUCACAAGCGAAGAAGUUUCGAACAUCCAGACCAAAGCAGAGGCUCUCAAGAUCGACGUCCUGAAUACACGAAUCGAGAAACAUGGUCCUAACACCUAUACACUUCAUGUAGCUUCUGUUGACGAGCGAGAACAAGAAGAGACGCUCGAAAUUGCUGGAUCAACAGAAAAAGGGUCCCUCAAGAUCAAAUAUGGGGACUUCAAAGAUGCCCUCCAAAAGUCCAUCGAUGCCCUUCGCAAAGCACGAGAAUAUGCUGCAAAUGAUCACCAAAAGUCCGCCAUUGACAAAUACAUCGAAUCCUUCCAGACAGGGGAUAUCCAGGCGCACAAGGAUGGAUCAACGCAUUGGGUGCGUGAUGUCGGACCAGUGGUGGAGAGCUACAUAGGGUUUGUGGAGACGUAUGUCGACCCAGUCAGUGCGGCCCGCGCUGAGUGGGAGGGUUUCUGCGCUAUUGUGGAUAAGGCCUUAAGUGCCAAGUACGAGAAGCUCCUUGACAGGGCUUCAGAGCUCAUCAAGGACCUUCCAUGGGGACCAGAUUUUGAGGUCGAUACCUUCCGCAAGCCUGAUUUUACUGCACUCCAGGUGCUUUCAUUCGCGACUGGGGGUAUCCCUGCCGGAAUCAAUAUCCCUGUACGUGUUCCCUCCUCGAAACCACUCAAACUGAUGAAUACACAGAAUUACUAUGAAAUUCGAGAGAACGUUGGUUUCAAGAACGUCUCACUGGCCAACAUCCUCGCAGCAAAAGCACCGGACGAGGAGGUCACCUUUAUAGAAGAAGCAGAUCUACAGUUAUACAACAAGUGGGAAUCCAAAGCUUUUGAGCUUCAAGUGGCCAAUCACGAACUAUUGGGACAUGGGAGCGGGAAACUAUUUACGCAGGAUAAAGAUGGCAACCUCAACUUUGACAAAGACAAGGUCAUCAAUCCGCUCACCAAUAAGCACAUCGAAUCUUGGUAUCUACCAGGACAAACUUCUAGCUCCGUACUGGGAACGGUGUCGUCGUCUAUGGAGGAAUGUCGUGCUGAAGCCGUAGCGCUGUAUCUUGUAUCCAACAAGAAUAUACUUUCUAUCUUCAACUAUACUGAACCAGAGGAUAUUGACGAGAUUCAGUACAUUACAUUCUUGUUGAUGUGUCGAGCUGGUCUCCGGGCACUCGAAUUCUAUGACCCUAAAGCGAAGAAACAUUUGCAGGCCCACAUGCAAGCACGAACAUGGCAAGAUCACACGCUGGUAACAACAUUGGCCUCUAAUGAGAAUACAGGCAUUGCAAGAAUUGAGCGAGAACAGGAUAACAACGGUGUUCUUAAGCGUGCUUAUGUGAAGGUGGAUCGUGAUCUUGUUCUCUCCAAAGGUCGAGAAGUUAUGGGGGAGCUCCUCGUCAAGUUGCAGGUGUACAAGUCCACGGCUGAUGCAAAAGGUGCAAAGAGAUUCUACGAAGCGCUGACUACGCCAAGAGUCGAUUGGGAUGAAGAAUUGAGACAGCUUGUCUUGUUCAAGAAGCUGCCGAGAAAACUUUUCGUUCAGCCCAACACAUUCAUCGAGAAGAUAACAGAGGGGGAUAAUCAAGGAGAGCGCGUUGUCAUGAGAGAAUACGAACUAAACGAGGAAGGAAUGAUCCGUAGUCAUAUCGACAAGAAGUUGGGCAGGUCUAAUCUCGCCGCGUCUGCCCCUUCAGUGUAG